GCAGGGUCUACGACUGACCAAUCAGCGCGCAGGAGCGGCCGGCCGCCCGGAGUAUAUAAGCCAGGGACCCAGGCCCAGAGCGGCAUCGUGCGGCUUCGGCUUUCGAGAUACAAGCGGUCCUUAAAGGCUUAGACGACAAAAACCAACUAGCAAAAUGGCUUACACCUGGGACAACCGUGUGAAGUAUGUUGUGAGGUACAUGUACGACAUUGACAACAAUGGCUUCCUUGACAAGAACGACUUCGAGUGCCUCGCCGUGAGGAACACCCUCAUCGAAGGCCGCGGCGAAUUCAACGAAGCAGCCUACGCCAACAACCAGAAGGUCAUGUCCAACCUCUGGAACGAGAUCGCCGAACUUGCUGACUUCAACAAGAACGGAGAGGUCACUGUGGACGAGUUCAAACAAGCCGUCCAGAACCUGUGUGUUGGCAAGAAGUACGAUGAUUUCCCCACUUGCUUCAAGACUGUCAUUAGCAGACUGUUCAGGACAGUUGAUAUUAACGGUGAUGGCCUUGUUGGUGUUGAUGAGUACAGGCUGGACUGCAUCUCCAGGUCUGCCUUCUCCAACAUCAAGGAGAUCGACGAUGCCUACAACAAGCUCUGCACUGAAGACGACAAGAAGGCCGGUGGCAUCAGCCUUACCCGCUACCAGGAUCUUUACGCUCAGUUCAUCUCCAACCCUGAUGAGUCCUGCAACGCCGUCUACCUUUUCGGACCCCUGAAGGUGGUGCAGUAAAUGUGUGUUUGAGGCAUCCAGACGCUGCCCACGCGCGAGGCCCGACGCUGUGGGUGGACAACCCGCGCACGCGCAACCCGGGCCGGCCUUAGCGCCCGCCCUUCACACCCACCAGUGCCCAGUUCCUCACCGCAUCAUUUUUGUACUCAUCUCCCUCUGACGCCAAGCCGCAAUUUCAGGCAACAACACCGCCUGCAGUAGUCGACCCAGUCGCAAACGGCCCUAGCCGGGUUCCUGGAGUGGGGACCGUGCGCGCUGCCCCUGGCCACGACCCCCGGGCUUCUGCUGGCCAGAACAACAUCGGGAAUGGUCGACUGCUGAUGCGAUCAUCUCUCUAUAUUAAUGUCCAAUAAACGUUGAAAUGUUUUAAA